ACCUUUAACAGAAAAUUCUCAACUUCUCAUUUCUCUGUGUCUAUAUAUGCACACAUAUAGACAGAGAAGUGAUAGAAUUUAAGAGAUGGGCAUGCAAGCCCAUACAUGUUAUCACCAUCAUCAGUUUAUGAAACCACUAGCAUUACCAUUACCAUCAUCAUCAUCGUCAUCAAUUUCAGUACGGUCAAAUUGUUACAGUGACUUCAAUGGCGGGAAGAGGGAAAUUGAUCAGAAGAAAGCCUUUGGAGUACUAGUUGAGAGAUGUACUGGGUUCUGCUGUAGUGUUGAUUUGAGGGUGAGAAGAAGAAAAAAAGAAAUUGGUAUUGUUGCAUCAUCAUCCACCAAUGUGGCUGAUGGUUGGAAACCCCAGAAGGGCUCUAAAGCUCCUCUCCUCAGCGACGUCGUUUGGCCUUCCGCAGGGGCAUUUGCGGCAAUGGCGAUAUUGGGAAAGAUGGACCAGAUGUUGGCAACGAAAGGCCUCUCAAUGACAAUAGCACCUGUAGGAGCUGUUUGCGCUGUCCUAUUUGCUACUUCCUCCGCCCCUGCUGCUCGGCAAUCGCUUCUCAGCUAUCUCUGCUUGGUGAUCUCAGUUCUCGUCUCAACAAUCUCUCUCGGAUCCCUCCUCGGCAUUCUCUCAGCAAUCUCUUCUCGACGAUCACUCCUCGGUGAUCUCAGUUCUCGUCUCGGCAAUCUCUCUCAGCUCCCUCCUCGGCUUUCUCCUCGAUAAUUUAUCUUGGGUUCAUCUCGGCUAAAUCUCGGUUCCCUCUCGCUACUAUAUCUCAUUUGUUCGGCAGCUCUUGUGAUGGAUACUAAGGAAUCUCAUCUACUUGGGUCAAUCACCAACACCAAACUGAAGGGCUCAAACUACCUUUAAUGGUCUCGAGCCGUAAAGGUGUUCUUACGGGCUCGAGGAAAACUGUAAUAUCUUAAAAUCAACCAAACGCAGGUUGAUAAUUCUAUAUAUGGUAAUGAGGGGUAGGUGACAACUCAUAUAAUACUAACUGUACACGUGUGACAACUCAUACAAUAUUGUAUAACAGCCUUUAAGGUUAGAAAGAUGUGUAGGCCAUUUUGCAUUCUAGCAAGUCCAGUCCUUUUCUUCAUGGAUUGGUCUUGAAUGAAGGAAAUGUCAGAAAGAGAAAAAGAAAUGACAAAACACUUGAAAAUCGAUGAUCUAUGAAUGAGGCAAGAUACAGAAGAACUUUAGAUCUGAGAUUGGCCAUAAAAUUGGAGGUCCCAAGAGAACAAUGCUAGAGGUUGUUGAAGUUACUGCUCAUUGAAUUAGAGCUAACCUUUUUCUUGAUUCAGAGAGUUACCAUAUUUCUUAUAGCGAUUUUCUUUGGUACAGGCACUGUGACUACAAAAGAUAUAAUGAGGAUGAGGGCAAAGCUGAUGGUGAGGGUCAAGUCAUCCGCAAAGUUGGAAUAAAUAUUAAAAACGAAUUGAUAUAAAUAUUAAAAACCUUGGUACCACUUUAUACAAAACGAUCAAUUCAGUUUUACUUUACCAAUUGAUGAAGUAAUUGAAUUAACUCUAUAAAAACAAACUAACUAACUAACUAGGAAAAAAAUAAUAAUAAUAAACAAACUUACAAGCUUGAUGGAUUUUAUAGUAUGUAAUUCAACGUUCAAAACAUUCAAUCAUACAUGAUAAAAUAAACAGACCCAUCAUCAUGAAUAAAUAAAGUAAUAUAAAGUGCCAUGAGUAAGGUUAAAAUGCACACCAUAUUUUACGUGGAAAAACCUACCCAACUGGUAAAUCAAAAAAUAAUGGAGGAUUUAGUCCAACAAAUUAAUCCACUACUAAGAAAGAGAUGCAACCCUUGAUCUGUUCAAUACACAUGAACUCUAUUCUAUCUUGAUUCAUAGGCUCACUUUCCAUAUAAGUGAAUAAGGAAAUUACUUAACGACUAAGAAUUCCAAAACUGCCUUUUUUGUCUCUAUCGAUCGACACUUGUAGAGAGGUCUAUUGAUGAAGGUAUAACGGCAUAUCUAUUGAACCCUACUAGAGCAAUAUUGGUUGAUGCUACAUUUAAAUGUUGAUCGAUCGAAGCUACCUCUGUUGUAGAUUAACAAUAAAAGCACAAUAUGUUGGAGAUAAGGCAUCAUAGGAUACAAACCAAGAUAUGGGAUGUUUUAUACAACUAUGAACACUCUUACUUUAGGCAGUAGGGACAUCAAGAUCAACAUGAAUGCUAUUGGGAAAAUAAUAAGGAGUAUCAAUAUCAUCUAAGGAAUUGCCUGGAUCGAGGGAGGCUUCCUGGUCCUAGGGUGAUUCAAUGACUUGUUUUGCCCUCCUAGGGUAGACAAUUGGCUGCUUUCCUACUACAAAUCAUUAGUGUCAGGAGGACUAGACAUAGGCACCUCAGUCAGAAACUCCCCCUUGAAUAGGAACAUGCAAAGAAAGGGGGCAUUCUCCAUGAAUGGACAACGGAUUCUCUACCUGUAUAGGAGUCUCUCCUUAUGGAGAAUCCCAAGCAGUGGAAAAAAAAAAAAAAAAAAAAAAAAGGAACAGACUCAAAGAAUAUAACAUCCAUGGAGACAAAACGAUGACGACUGGUAGGGUUAUAACACCGAUACCCUUUCUAAGUGGCAAAGUAUCCAAGAAAGACACAUUGGAUUGCCUUAGGGUCCAUUUUGUCCUUUCGAUGAUGAGUGUGAACAUAACCAACACAACCAAACACUUUCGAAGGAACAGUAAACAAGGCAGUGUCAUCGUGUAAGACAGAGAAAAGGGAUUGAUAGCCAAGAACCUUAGAAGGCAUGCGAUUGAUAAGGUAUGUAGUUGUUAAGGUUGCAUCAACCCAAUAACUUUUAGGCACUCCCACCCCAUUUAGAAGAGAACAGGUCACCUUCAUAAUAUGACGAUGUUUUCUUUCAGCUACACCGUUCUGCUGUGGUGUAUCGACAUAAGAGGUUUGAUGGACAAUCCCAUUAUCAGCAAAAAAGGAGGCAAGACCAUCAUACAUAAACUCACCUCCAUUAUCAAAUCGAAGGAUUUUGAGGGAACAACCAAACUGAGUACAUAUCAUCCUAUGAAAGGUUUUAAAAAAGGAAUGAAAUUCAUCUUUGGUUUUCAUAAGAUACAGCCAAGUAUAUCGACUAAAGUCAUCAUGUUUGUAGGUUUCUUUUCUUUCUUUAGUAUUACCAGUUGCUAGUCAUGUAUUUUGCAGUUGAAAGGCAUUUCAUCGAAUUCUUUUGUCCAUUCUACUUUUGGAACUUGUUGCAAAUAAUAAAAUAUAAGUGAAGAGAGAAAUGGAACAAGAAGAACACAAAGAUAUUACGUGAUUCUGCCACUAGGGCCUACAUUCACUGUACAAAGAGCCCAAAGGGCUACAUCAAUUUUAUAAUAUUCUUUCUUAAUCGUUGUAUACAUUGAUCACCUCUAUAUACAUGUGAAGGAAUACAAACAUGUGAUUAAUAUGAUAUUGAAAAUAUUUCUAAAAUCACUCUCAUGAUUCACUCAUAUCAAUAUUCUGUCAAGAAGUAAUUUAAGGACUUAAUUCACUCCGAUAAUGAUAUUCUCCAAAAACAACACCUUCCAACACUCCCUCUCAAGCUGGAGCAUGUAUGAAAAUAAUGCUCAGCUUGCAUAUCAAAUCAUAAAACGGAUUUUUUCCCAAUGAUUUGGAAAAAGACAACAAAACUGUUGAAGACACGAUGAAGGCAAAAAACAAUGCUACCGAACACACCGGCAUCCCAAAUAAGUAAUAAAUAGCAUCAAGAGACCCUUAGCACGUUUCGGACACUAAGGGAAUAUGGAAAAAUAUGGGUCCAAACCUAGGAAGAGAUCCUCCCUACAUAGUCGCACACACCAGGAGAGUACUCUAGUGUUUUUCUGUACCUAGGCAGUUGCGACAAUAAAGAAGAGAUAAACUAGGCUCUGAUACCAUGUUUUAAAUAAUAAAAUAUAAGUAAAGAAAGAAAUGAAACAAGAAGACACAAAGAUAUUACGUGGUUCACGGCGAAGGCGAAGAACAAUGCUACUGAACACAUUGACAGCCUAAACAAGUCACAAAUAUCACCGAGAGACCUUUAGCACAUUUCAGCGACACCAAGGGAAUAUUCCAAAAUAAGGUUCAGAACCUAGGAAGAAAUCCUCCCUACACUGUCGCACACACCAAGAGACUACCUUAGGGUUUUUAUGUAUCUAGAUAGUCGUAGCGAGAGAGAAGAGAGAAACUAGGCUUUGAUACAAUAUUGUAAAUAAUACAAUAUAAGUAAAAAGAGAAAUGAAACAAAAAGAGCACAAAUAUAUUACGUAGUUCACAACGAAGGCAAAGAAUAACGCUUUCAAACAUACCGGCAGCUCAAACAAGUCACAAAUAGCACCGAGAAACCCUUGCACAUUUUUGACACUAAGGGAAUUUACCCCAAAAUAGGGGUCUGAACCUAUGAAGAUAUCGUCCCUACAAUGUCGCACACACGAAGAGACUACCCUAGGUCUAUACACAGUCGUAGCAAUAGAGAAGAGCGAAAGUAGGCUCUAAUACCAUGUUGUAAACAAUAAAAUAUAAGUGAAGAGAGAAAUGAAUCAAGAAGAACACAAAGAUAUUACGUGGGUUUAUAUCCACGACACAAAGAAGCCAGAGGGCUACAUCACUUUUAUAAUAUUCUCUCUUAAUCUUUAUAUACAACAAUCACAUCUAUUUAUAGGUGAAAGAAUACAAACAUAGGAUUAAUAUGAUACAGGAAAGAUUCCUAAAAUCACUCCCAUGAUUCACUCCUAUAUUCAUAUUCUCAAAAAUAAAAUCUUCCAACACAACUGGCUAAUGAAUAACAAUACCUUUACAUUCAAAAUUGCUUAACUCUGAAUUCUUGGCAGUUGCAGAACAAAAUGAAAUUCAAAUGCUCUUUAAAAUAUUUUUAACUAAACAAUAUUCUCUAUAUCCUCUAUGAGCAAAAUUUGCAGUCCAUUGUAGAUCUCUGGUGAGUA